AACAUAACUUAGCGGUUGCGGAGAGAAUAGACAGCAGAGUACUGAGAGUAGCAGAGAGCAGACUGCUGAGAGAACAGCUUUGUAGCCUUAACUACUCUAACGUCCAGAUGUCAUCUUGAGGGGUCUCCACUGGUCUGUGAGGUAUCCAGGUCCAGGUGUCAUCUUGAGGGGUCUCCACUGGUCUGUGAGGUAUCCAGGUCCAGGUGUCAUCUUGAGGGGUCUCCACUGUGGUCUGUGAGGUAUCCAGGUCCAGGUGUCAUCUUGAGGGGUCUCCACUGGUCUGUGAGGUAUCCAGGUCCAGGUGUCAUCUUGAGGGGUCUCCACUGUGGUCUGUGAGGUAUCCAGGUCCAGGUGUCAUCUUGAGGGGUCUCCACCGGUCUGUGAGGUAUCCAGGUCCAGAUGUCAUCUUGAGGGGUCUCCACUGUGGUUUCCGAGGCAACCAGGGGUGUAUUCAUUAGUACACACAGUAGUAAAACUUUUUGCAACAAAACUAGUCCUAAGCGUUUCUUAUUGAACAAAUUCAGUCCCUCCCGCUUCGUUCCGUUUGGUUCCUAGUGACUGUAACCCAGUUGACUGUAGUUGUGGUGUCUUUAUCCCCAGGUGUGAUAUAGUCUCUACCCGGUAACGGGAUGGAGGCCCAACCAGAGGAGACGGCCGUGGUACCGGAGGUUCUUCAGAGCUCAGCAGAGACACACGGAGAGGAACCGGAACCUAACAACGGUACCAGCACCGAGCACCGGGAGGACAGAUGCACAGCUGAGACAGAACCUCAGGGACUGACCUCCGUGACCCCAGACAGCCGCUUACCGGGAGAGUUAACGGGAGGAGCGGAGGAGAUGGAGGUUACGGAGAAUCUCAACUCUGUCUGGAGCUCCGAGCUGGGAGACGGACACACCCCCCUCCCCCAGGACCCCCCGCAGGACGGGGAGGACCUCCCCCAGGACGGGGAGGACCUCCCCCAGGACGGGGAGGACCCCCCCCAGGACCUCCCCCAGGACGGGGAGGACCUCCCCCAGGACCUCCCCCAGGACGGGGAGGACCUCCCCCAGGACCUCCCCCAGGACGGGGAGGACCUCCCCCAGGACCUCCCCCAGGACGGGGAGGACCUCCCCCAGGACCUCCCCCAGGACGGGGUGUGUGCCAGGGACCAGCGGGACGGCAGCAGCUCCUCCUCAGACAGUGACUCAGACUCCUCUUCCUCCUGUGUGACGCUGGCUGUUGUGUCAGGUCAGGCAGAUGAAGAGGAAGAUGAUGAUGAAGGCUUCAGUCGGGCAAGGAAACCCUGUUCCAUCAGAACACUGGGCGAGACCCUGCCUGAGGAGUUGCCUGCUGUAGAGGAGUUGACGGUGGUUCUACCAGAGGAGGCGGAGAUACUGCCCCUAGGAUCAGUCACCAGUAUCAUCCAACAGCUGGUGAUCAUACAGUCAUUGAAGGACACGCCCCCUCUGAAGGACGACAGCGUCAUCUUCAACUCUGAUAGGCUGGCCGUGGGCAAGGUAUUUGAGGUGUUUGGGCCGGUCUCCAGUCCCUUCUAUGUGUUGAGGUUUAACUCAGAGAGUGACAUCACAGAGAGAGGAGUGAAGCUGAAGGAUUCCAUGUUCUACGCCCCGUCUCUCACUGACUACACCCUGUACAUCCUCACAGAGCAGCUACGACGGUUGAAAGGCUCGGACGCGUCCUGGAAGAAUGACCAGGAGCCGCCACCAGAGGCGUUGGACUUCAGUGAUGAUGAGGCAGAACAGAUGAUGAAAAGGAAGAAGAAGAAGGGGAAUGUUCAGAAGAGUGAGAGAGAAAGAGGACAGAGAGCCCAGCACCAACCAGACGGAGAUUCCGUCACCAGACCACAGAUGUCCCAGAGGCCUUUGCAACAGAGUCGUCCACCCCGCCGUGACAACUGGGGUCCCCCACCACGAUACGAAGGGGCUCCAUUCUACCCCCACCAGCCCCACUACCCCUACCCUCCCCCUUACCAGCCCCAGUCCUUCCCCCUCUACCCUCCCCCUCCUCCCUCCCACAUUGAGGGAGACCCAGCCCCUGAGCCAGAAUGA